AUGGAGAUUGUCUUACCUUCUCCCCCGAGGGAUUUCGAUUUCGGCAGCGGCAGAUCGUCGCCGUACGCCAGCGCGCCGUCGACGCCGAAGCCGUUCGGCGAUUACUAUUGCAGUGCGCCUACUAGUCCUUCUCAUCUCUCUCAAUUCUAUCGCGAUUUUGAUGCCUUAUUCGAGGAUGAAGGUGAGAUUCGCGGCGGCGCCGCCUCAGGGGUGCCGUUUCAGUGGGAGGAGAAGCCCGGGACGCCGAAAUCGCCGGCGAAGAAUAGCGGCGGGGAUGAAUUUGAUUUUGAGUUCGAUGUGUUCAGCGAAGAGUGGGAAACGGCUUCCGUCGCCGCCGACGAGCUAUUCGACGGCGGAGUGAUCAAGCCUCUGAAGCCUCCGCCGCGUCUGCAAAUUCCGGCGGGCGGCGGGCGGGCGGCGUCUCCCCGGAAAUUGAAGACGACUGCCGUUUCCCCGUCGCCGAUCUCGCAGACGAAGAGGCUCAUCCAGGGCGCCUUCUCGCCGCGCCACAAUAACAGACGGGGAACUGACGCCGACGCGGCGGCGGCGCCGCCGCGAGGGAGGGAGAGAAGCGUGAAUAUGCCGAAAUCUUCCAGCCGCCGGGCGGCGCGUUCGCUUUCGCCUCUUAGAGAUACACAGUACCCUUGGGAGGAAGAAAAGCUGCCGCUGCACGACGCAAAGAAUCCCUCCGAUUCAUCGGCGGCUGCGGCGGCGCCGCCGCCGUCGGUGAAAACCUGUCUCAAGAAGUGGAGGAUAAAGGAUUUCUUCCUCUUCCGGAGCGCGUCGGAAGGACGCGCCGCCGACAAAGACCCCUUGAAGAAGUACACAGCUGCGGUGAGGCACUCGAGCUUCCGAGUAAGCGACGGCUCGGGUUCUGGAUCCGGUUCGAGAAGGAAAAACCGGGUUUCAGCGCACGAGAAGCAUUACACGACGAACCGGGCGGUUUCGGAGGAUUUGAAGAAGAAAACAUUUCUUCCGUACAAGCAAGGUAUUCUGGGCCGGCUAGCUUUCAAUCCGGCCGUCCAUGCGCUCGCCAACGGCUUUGGAUUUUCCCAUAAAUAA